CACUGCUGGCACUGCUGAUCUUGCCCACCUUUGCUGUGCGGUCCCUCUGUCCCCCCCUCCCUUCCCGGCUCCCGGAGCCCACCAUGGAUCCACAGGCACUCUGGGGAUGCUUCUGCCUGCUUUGCUUUGCCCUCCUGAGAGCAGCAACAGGGAAUUUGCUGCCUUCUUUCCAGCCCAGGAGCCUGUAUCAGUACCGGUACUCCCUGGCUGUCCAGCUGCAGCACAGCUCCACACCAUCCCCGUGGGGAGCCCGCCUGCAGGCUGAGGCUCUGAUCCGGCUGCAGCCGCUCUGGAGGGACCCGGGCGGGGAGGAGCUGCUCCAGCUGCAGAUCCAUGACCUGAAGGCCCAACACCACCCAGAAGAGGAGAGGAGCCAGGACAGCACCAGAGGCUCCCCUGCAGACAUUGCACUGAGCCCAGAGGCACAGGCAGAGCUGCAGCAGCCAGUGUUCAUCUCCUGGAACAGUGGGAAGGUCAAAGCUUUCUAUGGGAAUGAAGCAGAAAACAUCUUGAUCUCCAACCUGAAACGAGGCAUCACCAGUCUGUUCCAGCUUCAGCCCCAUGCUGGCACCACAGUGGAGGAAGAUGCCUCUGGAAGCUGCCAAGUCACCUACACCGUGUCCAACCAUUCCAUCACCAAGACCAAAGAUCUCCUCAGCUGCUCGAAGCCAAAGUCUGGAUUCAGCUCCACAAACAAAAUUUUUGGAGUGGAGUGGCAGCCCUCCAGUAGAACCCAGUACAUGGUGAAGAACAACCUGCUCCAGUCAGUCCUGGCAGAGGAAAGCCACGUGGUGGCUCCAGCCCUGAGAUCCCGCUCCGGCAUCAAAAUCAGUUCCAGGCAGCAGCUCCAGCUGGUGUCUCCUGCAACGCCUGGGCCAGCAGAGGUGUCUGGACAGAGCCUUAAGGAUGUGCUGGCUGGCGUGGGGGCACAGCCCCAGCCCCUGGGCAUGGCCAGCCUGCCCUUCAGGAGGGUCUGCACCCACUGCCCAUCGCUGAGAGCCUUCCUGAAGGCUUUUGACAGGCAGAGAGUCAGAACAGACACCUCGAAGGGGGCAACAACCUGGCAGUUCCAGAGGUUCAUCCAGCUGCUGCGCAGCGCCAAGAAGAGGGAUGUGCUGCAGCUGCUGAGGAGGGCGCCCGAGGAGACGCGCCCCUUCCUGGUGGAGGCAGCGGUGGCCACGCAGUCAGUGGCUUCCUUGGCAGCGCUCUCAGACUUCCUGGACUUCAGCCAGGAGCCCAAGUCCCUCCUGGAGAAGUUUCUCUACACAGCAGCUUUGUCUCCCCGGCCUUCAGGAGAGCUUCUCCACCUGGUCUUAGACAAGCUGGAUGGGAAGCAGCUGGCACCUGAGAUCUGGGAGACAGGAAUAGUUGCCGUGGGCUCUCUGGUGGGCAAGCUGUGCCAGCAGAAGCUCUGUGGGCUGCAGGUGGUGGAGCGUGGGGUGGAAACCAUCCUCAGGGGGCUCAGAGGUGCCGAGCAGCAGCCCCAGGUGGUGAUUUCCCUGCUGGCCCUGGGGAAUGCGAGGCUCCCCGGGACCAUCCCCACCCUCCUGGAGCACGCCGAGGACGGUCCCACGGCUGUCACCGCCGCAGCCACCUCUGCCCUGCAGCGAUUCUCCGCGCCCCACAUCUCCAGCAAGGUGAAGCGAGUGAUGAGGAGGAUUUUCCACCAGAAGAGGAAGGGUUAUGACAAAACCUGUCGCCUGGCGGCUGCAGAAAUCCUCCUGGAUAACCACCCCCUGCCAAUGGAUGUGAUCAACAUCCUGCUGGCCACCAGCGAGAUGGAGACAGAGGUGGCCACGUUCCUGCUGCUCAAAGUCCAGAACAGGCUGCGUGACCACCAGCACCUGGCAAGGAAGAUAAUGAAGGACAUCAUGGGAGACCCACGGAUAAAUAAUUACAACUUCUUCUCUAAAGUCGGCAUCUCCUCUUCUUUCUCAGGACCUCUGGCAGUCACCCAGGACCUGACCUCCACUUUCGGGCUGGACCUGCUGUUUUUGGAGGGUGGAUUCCUGAGGAAGAGCGUCUCCGACUUCUCCCUGCUCAGCCACGGCCAGCGGCUUCGUGCAGCUCAGGUCACCUUUGAGGCACAAGGGAUGGAGUCGAUGAUGGGAGAGAGCCUCUCGGGAGGGGAGGAGCAGCCCGAGCUCAUGGCUGGGAUGUCGGCCACCUUCUUCGACGUCCAGCUGCGGCCAGUGGUCUUCUUCCAGGGGUACACAGACCUGAUGGCCAAGGUCCUGCUCAGCAGUGGAGAGCCCACCAGCGUGGUCAGAGGGAACCUCCUGCUGAUGGACCAUCACCAGGUCAUUCCUCUGCAGUCUGGCCUCCAAGUGACCGUCAAACUCCAGGGUGGGCUGGGGCUGGACAUUUCAGCUGACAUGGACGUGAGCAUUUGGGAGCAGGAGCUGAAAACCAGCGUCAAUGCCAGGGGAAGCCUUGCCAUGGAUUUCCAGGCAGAACUAGAUUCCCCUUUCCUCCAAGCCACCCUGAGGAGCCAGACAGAGGUGGAGACCUCCAUCCACUUUGACACCAAGCUGAGGUUUUCCAGCAGCCCCGUGCUCAUGUGCCUGCAGCUGAGAGAGGAACAGGUCCCAUACAGAGAAGUCCUCACAGUUUCCCAGGCUGCUGGCAGCCGGAGCAGCGCCACUCGCAAAGGCCGGCGUGGCACCGUGCCCGGCAGGGAAUUUGCCUUGCACCAAACCAAUUCCAAGCUCUGCAACCUCCUGCUGGCUGCAGAAAAAGAAUGAGGAGUCAGAACGCUUUGGGAUUCUCCUCCACAACCACCUCUGAAUGAGAAAAAUGCUGCGAUAAGGACAUCAGAAGGGAGCACAGGAGGAGCUGCUGAAGAACAGACACACCCCUGCCUCCAAAUCUGCCCUCACACCCCAAAGGCUGAGAUUUCCCUCUCCUGGACUCCUCCCCUUCAUGGGGAAAGGCCUUGCUGGAAGCCAAGCUUUUCCUCGUGAAAAAGAGACUUAUUUUGCAAGUGGAUGAGUUUCUCAGAGCCCAAGAAACCCUCCUGGAGGACUGCAUCCCAAAAUGUUGUGUUUUCUCCCUGUUUAUCAAAGCUGUCAGGAGGGGACACAUCUGCAGCCAGCUGGAAGUCCCCAGUGAAGGGAAUAAAUGACUUUCCUUGGAUGGGAGGUUGGCCUCCCAAGCUGGAUUGUUAUCAUCCACCACCACCUCCAACACUGGAGUGAGGCUGGUGAGGAAAAAGCAGCAUUUCUCCAUUCCUUCCUGAUAGUAAUGUAAUAAUGCCUUGGAAGUAUUUUUAGACCUUUUUGUGUGUUUGUGUUACAAAACAAGCCUUUUAGGAAAGAAAAGAGGGAUAUGGAGUAUAGUUUUUUGGGUUUUUUUAAUUAUGAGCCUCAAAUAUUAGCACUGAGUCCUGGUUCAGUGGAGCAGACUUGCCUGGUUUUCCAUCUGGAGAC